GCUACAACUGCCUGCCAACAACCUCCUUCGAUGGUGGAAUCGGGCAGCUCGAACAAGCUGCGUGUUCUCAACCUCGGGGAUGGCACCAUUCUCCAACUGGUGGAUGACGACAUCCCAGAUCCCCCCGCUGUCAGCUUCGCCAAUGAUAUCCUGCGUCUCAAUGCAAUGUGGGAUGACAAUACGGCGCACUGGUUGAACGAGUCCAUCAUCACCAUCCAAGGCCACCCAUCGCUCAAGUGGACUGACUGGCGGGAUGUCGUCGAACGCUACCGGCAGGGCACCCCAGAUCACUUCUGGGCUGACUUCAAGACUGACAGUGGUGAGCGGAUGAAAUUCACUGCCAUUGUCCAGAAACUCCGUGAUGAGCGCAAGGCAGAACAUACCGCAUUGGUGGAGCGUGCUCACCGAGAAUUCCAUGCCAAGUUCGACGACCUUUUCACUUACCGGCGAGGAGGAGAGGGGCAUGUGAUGACGAAGCCGUCUGCCAUCGCGAGGAAAUAC